AGAAGUCGGUCGCUUUCUGAUGAAUUCAUUGGCUGUGGAAUUGGAACCAGAGGGUAUUCUGGCCCCUGGAGGCUGGGGCUCGUGCACCUCAGUCUUUUUCUCGGUGCACCGACGGUUCGGGAGAUUCAUCUGGCAGCGUACGCAUCCUGAGAACAGGAGUUGAAUUAGUUCUCAAAAAUGGGAAGAACCUACAUCGUAGAAGAGAGUGUUGGCCAAUAUCUUUCAAACAUCAGUCUCCAAGGAAAAGCUUUUAUCUCUGGUCUUUUGAUAGGACAGUGUUCUUCACAAAAGGAUUAUGUGAUUCUUGCCACUAGAACACCACCCAAAGAAGAGCAAAAUGAGAACCUCAAACAUCCCAAAGCUAAGUUGGAUAAUUUGGAUGAAGAAUGGGCCACAGAACAUGCCAAUCAGGUAUCCAGAAUGCUACCAGGGGGACUUUUAGUUCUUGGAGUAUUUAUCAUUACAACUUUGGAACUGGCAAAUGAUUUUCAAAAUGCCCUGCGCAGACUAAUAUUUGCCAUGGAAAAGUCUAUGAAUAGAAAAAGACUGUGGAAUUUCACAGAGGAGGAGAUCUCAGAACGAGUAAUACUUCACAUUUGCUCAUCUACAAAAAAAAUAUCUUGUCGAACUUACGAUGUCCGUGACCCAAAGAGUUCAGCAAGACCAGCCGAUUGGAAGUAUCAAAGUGGACUGUCUACUUCAUGGCUUUCUCUAGAUUGUACCAUUCACAUUGAUAUUCACAUUCCACUUUCUUCUACUUCUGUCAGCUAUACUCUGGAAAAAAAUACGAAGAAUGGACUUACACGCUGGGCCAAGCAAAUAGAAAAUGGUGUUUAUUUGAUUAAUGGACAAGUUAAAGAUGAAGACUGUGAUCUAUUAGAAGGACAGAAAAAAUCUUUCAGAGGAAAUACUCAAGCAACUAGUCAUUCUUUUGAUGUGAGAGUGCUAACACAAUUGCUUCUGAAUUCAGACCACAGAUCUACAGCCACAGUUCAGAUCUGCAGUGGUUCCGUAAACCUUAAGGGUUCUGUGAAAUGCAGAGCUUAUAUUCACAGCAACAAACCCAAGGUUAAAGACGCUAUGCAGGCAGUGAAGAGAGACAUAUUGAACACAGUUGCUGAUCGUUGUGAAAUACUAUUUGAGGAUCUGCUUUUGAAUGAAAUCCCAGAAAAAAAAGAUUCUGAGAAAGAGUUCUACAUUCUCCCUCAUCGAGUUUUUGUCCCCAUUCCUGGAUCCGCUGUAAAGUUAUGCGAUUAUAAAUUUGGUGAUGAAUCAGCUGAAGAAAUCAGAGACCAUUUUAGAGAGAUGUUAGAUCAUACGGUUCAAAUAGAAGAUUUGGAAAUUGCAGAGGAAGUCAACACAGCUUGUAUGAGCUCUGUGAAUAAUGAAGCUUCAUUGGAACACAAAGAUGAUAAACAACUGGAGCAACCAAUUAAAACUACAGUAAUGUUGAAAAUUCGGCAAAACAUAGGUGUGAUUGCAGCAUUUGCAGUUGCAGUUCUUGCUGCGGGUAUCUCCUUUCAUUACUUCAGUGAUUAGGGUGAGGCACAAAGAGCUUCCUGAUCAUCCAGAGAACAUUGAUCAACAACUAUGAAUAAUAAAGAUAUACACAGUCCCUCUGUAGUCAAGACACUAGCAGUCAGAUCUUCUACCACAACGCCUAUUAGGUGUGUUUGUUUCUUACCAACGUGAAUUCACCAGCUGCCUUGUUUAGCAUCUGUUUAUAUUAUAGGCAGCUCAGGUUUCCAAAAAUAAAGUUAUGCAUCUAGAUGAGAGUUGCAUGUAGCAAAGCAUUAUCCAUUUCUGAAAGGGUUCAAAAUGUGGGAUAUUAACAGAUGUUAGUCCUGUUGAACUAGAUCACAUAUUGAUCAGGACAUUAAACAUUUAAACAGUAUUGACUACAAUAGCUUACUACUAGACCCGCCCAGGAGAAAUUUCUCCCAAGUGGUUCAGUAAUUUGUGGGCUUUAUUUGUAUUCGAAGACCUUUCUGAUACGUGUUCAAGUGAUUAAGGGCUAAGGAACCUUUCCAGAGAGAUUUGAAUGAAUAACAAAUGACAAAUUAUGUGCUUUCUCAGGUUAGUGUAUUAUAACUUUUUAAAUAUAUUAAAUAGGACUUUGCUUCCAGCAAUAUAAUAGACUAGAUACUUUAAAACAACAAGAUCCUGAAUAAAAUCUGCUUUUGAAUGUGCUCAAAAGAAGUAGGAAAAAACCUUUUAAGAAAUCACACCUCAGUCUUUCCUCUUCCACAAAAAUGAACACCUUUUUAGUUGGGAAUCAUGAGUACUAUUUUUAAGCAUUAAUACAAGUGAAUUUUGGUUUCCUGCAUGCCAGGUACCACUAGCAGCACUGUUAUAAGCAUUUUGCUUAAUACCAGAUAUGAAUCUGAGAUGCUGCCCUAGCCAGAACAGUUGAAUAUUAAAUAGCCCUCAGUUUACAGAACUCUGUAGCUCCUGGCAGAAACAGAAGGGAAACACUUGUAAUUAAGUCCCAAGAUUCCCAUAGAUAAUGAUUAGCAAUACUAUUUCAUGACCAGAUAUCAUGCCACAAGGUGAAACUAGCUAGCAUGAGAAAGAACCUAUGGAAAAAAUAAACAUUGAAUUGAGUUCUCCAAAUGGAGAAUGAAACCACAAGCCACUUCUGAAAAAGAACAAAAUGGAACUCCUGGCAAUGAGAAUGUAUUUGUUGAAAUAAGAAAAAAGUAACCGUCAGGUAUACUGAGUAUUGUAGUAGAUUCAGCUGAAGAGACCAGUGAACUGGAAGCUAAGUCUAAAGACAUUACCAGGAAGCAGCAAGGAGAAUAAAAGGAGCUUGAAAAUAUUAGGUAAGAGAUAUGGAGUAAAGAACUGUAAGGACUAGGAGGAGAAAAUAGAAUGGAGAAGAGGCAAUAUUUGAAAAGAUAACAGAAUUUCCACAAUUUUUGAAAAAUGUGAAUUCACAAAUUCAGGAAGUACAAUAUAUCAUACUUACAAUAUAUACAUACUUAAAGCAAGUCUAUGGCUAGACCUAAUGGAGUAAACUGCAUGAUAUCAAAUACAGGAUUUCAAAAGCAUCCAGAGACGGCAUAAAGAUCUUCAGUGAACACAAGACAGACAGAUAUUUAGUAGGCUUCCUGACAGCAAUAGUAUCCCCAGUGUGUCCAAAAGGUGAUAGAAUGGUAUGUUCAAAUCUGAGAAAAAGUGUCAGCUUAGAAUUCGCAUGAAGCAAAAUUGACUGUCAACAGACCUUCAUUUAAACUGCGAAUGGAUGAUCUUCAACAGGGAGAAUUUCUCUGAAAGGAUGAUCUGGAAUUGAAGAACCAGUAAGCAAAUAGGAUAAUAAAUAUAUGUAAAUUUAAAGUGUUGUUUGUAUAACACAAUCAUAAAGGAAGGGCAUUUAUGAUAAACUGUAAACAAAUAUAGUUGUAAAUAAAUAUUAUUAUAAAACAUGAA